CCGGCUAGGGAGCCCGCGGCGGCGGCGGCGGCGAUGGCGGACGUGCUGAGCGUCGGCGUGAACCUGGAGGCCUUCUCCCAGGCCAUCAGCGCCAUCCAGGCGCUGCGCUCCAGCGUGAGCAGGGUGUUCGACUGCCUCAAGGAUGGCAUGCGGAACAAGGAGACGCUGGAGGGCCGCGAGAAGGCCUUCAUCGCGCACUUCCAGGACAACCUGCACUCCGUCAACCGGGACCUCAACGAGCUGGAACGUCUGAGCAAUCUGGUAGGCAGGCCGUCUGAGAACCAUCCUCUCCAUAACAGUGGCCUGUUAAGCCUGGAUCCUGUGCAGGACAAAACUCCUCUCUACAGUCAACUCCUUCAGGCAUAUAAAUGGUCUAAUAAGUUGCAGUACCACGCGGGCCUGGCGUCCGGCCUGUUGAACCAGCAGUCGCUGAAGCGCUCCGCCAACCAGAUGGGAGUCUCCGCCAAGCGCAGGCCCAAGGCGCAGCCCACCACCCUCGUCCUGCCUCCGCAGUACGUAGACGAUGUGAUCAGCCGCAUCGACAGGAUGUUUCCCGAAAUGUCCAUCCACCUCUCCAGGCCCAAUGGAACGUCAGCAAUGCUUCUGGUGACCUUGGGGAAGGUGUUGAAGGUGAUUGUCGUCAUGAGGAGCCUGUUCAUCGACCGGACGAUAGUGAAGGGUUACAACGAAAACGUCUACACCGAGGAUGGCAAGCUGGAUAUAUGGUCCAAAUCUAACUACCAGGUGUUCCAGAAGGUGACGGACCAUGCCACCACUGCCCUGCUCCACUACCAGCUGCCCCAGAUGCCGGAUGUCGUGGUCAGGUCCUUCAUGACCUGGCUGCGGAGCUACAUCAAGCUGUUCCAGGCCCCCUGCCAGCGCUGCGGGAAGUUCCUGCAGGACGGCCUGCCCCCCACCUGGAGGGACUUCCGGACCCUCGAGGCCUUCCACGACACCUGCCGGCAGUGACCCCGCCCUGCCGGGCCCAGGUCCGCACAGCCCGCCCCCCGUAAGACGCAUGCCGCUCGCGAGGCCUGAGCCUCUGGAAGGACAGAUUCCGUCUGAUGGGACACUCGCGGGCGUGCGGGGGGCAGAGGCCUUAGCGCCCAGUGUGAGGAGCGUGCAGCGCGUGGCGUGGGCGAUGCUGGCGCUCCACCCUCCUGGAUCGUGUUCCCAGUCACUCCCGUGAGCCCAUGGUCCGGAUGAGCCCCAUGUUCACACACAUUGUCGCGCUGGGUGUGCUGUUCUGUUUGUAACUUAUUUUUAUAAGCAAUAAACCUGUACCCAGGGUAA